AUGGAUCUUAAGGUCUGUCCCGAUGGUACACCUGCUCCAGUUCCUAUUGGUGAAUGUUGUCCAAGCUUGAAAGCUUGUUCUAUAAAUUUUUCCAACGCCCGAAACAAUCCAUUAGGUUCACUUGGUUCCCUUCUGUCUGGUAGCAAUCUUUUACAAUCAUUGACUACAGCUACACAUGGUACAAAUUUGGGAACAGCUAUAUCAAUUUUAAACUUACUUAAUAAUGUUCAUCAAUUAUCAAGCGACAUUCAUCACAUUCCUCUUUUGAUCAAUCAAACACUUGUUAGCAUUCUCAAUGGAACAGGUCAAGCUGGUCAAGUCAUCAUUGAUCAAUUGAUUGGUGCUGUUAACAGUGCUACUCAUCAAACUGCUACUAGCCGAAAUCUUUUGGAUGCUCUUGGUCAAAGUGGUAACUUACUGUCAAGUAUCACUCAUUUGUUACCACAAGGUACAUCAAUCUCAAGCAUUCUUUCAAUCCUUAACUUAUUGAACAAUGUUCAUCAAUUGAAUACUGAUAUUCAUCAAAUUCCUGCUUUACUCAAUCAAACUUUAUCUAACAUUGUUGGUGGAGCUGGACAAGCUGGUCAAGUUGUCGUCCAACAAUUACUUGGUCUUCUCGGAUCACACACCACUACAAGCCGCAAUCUUUUAGAUGCUCUUGGUCAAAAUGGUAACUUACUGUCAAGUAUUAGUCAUUUGUUACCACAAGGUACAUCAAUCUCAAGCAUUCUUUCAAUUCUUAACUUGUUGAACAAUGUUCAUCAAUUGAAUAACGAUAUUCAUCAAAUUCCUACGUUACUCAAUCAAACUUUAUCUGGUAUUGUUAGUGGAGCUGGACAAGCUGGUCAAGCAAUAGUUCAACAAUUACUUAAUCUUGCUGGAAUUCAAUCUCAAAGUGCUAGCCGUAAUCUUUUAGAUACUCUUGGUCACAAUACUAACUUAAUUUCAGCAGUAUCGCAUCUUUUACCACAAGGUACAUCGAUUUCAACUAUUGUUGCAUUAUUGAAUUUAUUGACCAAUGUUAACGCUCUUAACAAUGAUCUUCAUCAAAUUCCUGCUGCUCUUCAAGAAACAUUACAAACUGUCCUCAGUGGUAUUCAAAAUCUUUUACCACCAGUAGUUCAACCAAUACAAGGAUCAUCAUAA